UCAUUCACCGGCACCAUGAGCGGCUUCAGCAUUGAGGAGCGCGCUUCGCCCUUCACCUUCGAGUAUCGAGUCUUCCUCAAAAAUGAAAAAGGACAAUAUAUAUCUCCAUUUCAUGAUAUUCCAAUUUAUGCAGAUAAGAAUGUGUUCCACAUGGUAGUUGAAGUACCACGCUGGUCUAAUGCAAAAAUGGAGAUUGCUACAAAGGACCCUUUAAACCCAAUUAAACAAGAUGUGAAAAAAGGAAAACUCCGUUAUGUUGCAAAUUUGUUCCCCUAUAAAGGAUAUAUCUGGAACUAUGGUGCCAUCCCCCAGACUUGGGAAGACCCAGGACACAAUGACGAACACACUGGCUGUUGUGGUGACAAUGACCCAAUUGAUGUGUGUGAAAUUGGGAGCAAGGUAUGUGCAAGAGGUGAAAUAAUUGGGGUGAAAGUUUUGGGCAUCUUGGCUAUGAUUGACGAAGGGGAAACCGACUGGAAAGUCAUUGCCAUUAAUGUGGAUGAUCCUGAUGCAGCCAAUUAUAAUGAUAUUAAUGAUGUCAAACGGCUGAAACCUGGCUACCUAGAAGCCACUGUGGACUGGUUUAGAAGGUACAAGGUUCCUGAUGGAAAACCAGAGAAUGAGUUCGCUUUCAAUGCAGAAUUUAAAGAUAAAAACUUUGCAAUUGAUGUUAUUAAAAGCACUCAUGACCAUUGGAGAGCAUUAGUGAGUAAGAAAACCGAUGGAAAAGGAAUCAGUUGCAUGAAUACAACAGUGUCUGACAGCCCCUUCAAGUGUGAGCCGGACUCUGCCAAAGCCAUUGUGGAUUCUGUAUGUAAAGUUUUUGUUUUACAAAACAAUUCCUGGUGGUGGAAAAAAUAUGGUGCCAAAUGGAGAGAGAAGUACUUCUUUUAACAAACAUUUGAGUACUUCCUGUAUACAUAUUACUAUGUAAAGUCUUGAAAUAGCAAACCAUGAACAUAUACAAAUACAUAUUUGAGGGGAGAAGCUGAGGAGUGGUCCUAGUCAACCUAACUCAAUUCCAGAAUGUACCGGGUAACCCAGUGCCUGUUUACCUAUCACAAACCAUUUUUAAAGAAAAGAACCAAUGGGAAUUUGCUUGGCCUGGUUAUAGCAAGGGAUUAUAAAUUUUUGGGUGCUAUUUGUAGGAGUGGUUUGUAAUACUAAAAAAGACUUUAAUGUUAGGUAAUAAGCCAUUCAUCAAGGAAAUAAUGCUGUUUUUGUACUAUUUUCAUUAUCUGAUUUGGAUUAGCCAAAAGAUAGAACUAAGUCAAAUUAUUCUCAUUUAUAAUGUUAUAGAAAACAAAGAAAAUGAGAACUGGCUUAUAAAUGGGGUAGUAGAAGGAAAAAAGGACAAUUUAAAGAUGAAGCCAGUAAAUAGAUUUGUCUUUAUUUACGUAUGAAUCCUGACACUUAAAGAUAGAUGAAAUAGAAAAGUAGGAAAGGAAAAGCCAGUCGUUAAGUCUUCUAUGAGAGCACUUUUGUUCACAUUAUAUAUAUAUAUGUGUGUGUGUGUGUUUAUAUAUAUAUAUCAUUAUGUACAUAAAAUUAGUUUUUAUUCUUCUUUUGUUACAAAUUGUAGUCUCCUGUGUGUCAUAAAAGCCAGGAGUCUUAAUUUCUUAGUGUCUCUUAGCAGUAGAGCAAAACCUUGUAUUGUUCCUGUAUGUUAUAAAUUAUUUUUAAGACUUAAAAAUGGGAUCGUUUGUCUUCUGUUCAGAUUCUUUUAAUUUUUGUGUCAGUAUACUUUCUUAGCUUUUUUUACCCUGGGAUUAGACUAAUAUAUUAUUGAU